AUGACAUUAAAUAAUAGCACAAUACCUAGCUCAGAUGCACCUGAGUUUAUUAGAGUUAAAAGAAGGAGAGAUGAAGAUUCAGUCCAAGCUUUAUUGAUUGAUGAGGGAAAGAAAAACAAGAGGACAAAAUUUAUGUUCAGAUUGACGAAAACUGUUAAUCCCAAUAGUUAUCAAAGUGAACAUGAAUCAACAACGCCACUUUUGAAGUUAUCUGCCACAGAUAAUCGUCAUUUUGUAUUAGAACAAAAAAAGAGACGCCAUUCCUCUACUUAUGAUGGGGAUGAGAAACCGUUACCUUAUACUGAUCAAGACAGAGCCACUACGACAAAUGAUGAUAAUGAGUUGCCACCAGAGAUUCAUGAGAUGGUUGAUAAGUAUUUGACUUUGAAUAAGGGGAAACCCACUACGACGAGGAAGAAACCAAGUAAGAAACAUUUCACGGGAGAAUCUGCCAAGAUUAUAACUAUGCCAAGUUUGGAUUAUGUUUAUGAUAUUUACCAUUUGGAAAAUCUUCCUGAUGAGGAAGAAAUAUCGAAAUAUAAGCGAGAUAAUAAAAUUGGGUUUGUCAAGAUUAUCAAUACAGACAUGGAUCUUGUCCCAGAUGAAGAUGAGGACGAAGAUGUCUUAGCGAGGUCUGAUGAUGAGGAUUCUAAUGAGGAAAACUACUAUCAGAAUGAUUAUCCUGAAGAUGAAGAUGACGACAGAUCAGUUCUAUUUGGAAGCGAAGGGGAAGACAUAGCCGCAGAUGGCGAAGGUCCUAUGACGCAAAAUGAACCAUGGAAUUACCAAAAAAUACUGAGAGCAGAUGGUACGGAAAACGUAGAAGAUGAGUAUGCGGAUUUAUUUGAUAAAUUAGGAGGCAAUAAUAAUAUUCUGUCUUCGAUUAAUCCUGGAAGUAAUUUUGUUGACCUUGAUAGAGGUGCAGAUAUUGAAGAAACACAUGACAGUGAUGAGGCAGAAGAAGAUAUAGACGUUGAUUAUAAUGAGUUGGAUCAUGAUAAUAGUUUGAUGACCGAUUAUGGAAAGGGAAAUUUCCCCAGGAAUCGAUUUUUCCCAACCGACGACGAAGAUCCAUUAGCGGAGCAUCGUGACAAGAUAUUCGGUAAUUUGCAAAAUAUGAUCAAUAAGAAGUGA